AUGCAGGCCCAAGGAAGCCUGAACGCUGAGGGUAAACUUAUCCGUCAACUGACCGAUCCUUCGGUUUAUGAGAAGGCUGUGCGACCAGUUAGAAAUAUUUCCGAUCCGGUUGUCGUGUCCAUCAAACUCACAGUCGUGGAUAUUCAACUGGACAGCAGCACAGAAACCUUGACGUUUUUCGCGCAUGUUGGUAUGGAAUGGAAUGAUGCGUACAUGCAGUGGAACGAGUCCCAGUAUAAUGGAUUGCGGUCAAUAAUGGUAUCUGCAGAAUCAGUUUGGCUACCAGAUAUCGGCAUCUUCAACAGGAUCGAUGCCAGCAGUCAGUUUAAAUAUGACGAAUCACACAGAAUCAUUUUGAAGUCAGACGGGAAUGCGACUUGGGUACCCGGUGGAAUAUUCGCUGUCAAGUGCAAGAUGAAAAUGACAAAGUUUCCAUUCGACAAACAGGAAUGUACGAUUAUAAUUGGAAGCAAUGCUUACAGUCCGCGAGAGCUGCAGCCUGUAAAGGGAAUGCGACAAAUGAAAUUUCCAGAUCUAGCGGAGAAUGGAGAAUGGUCUUUGAGAGAAGAAGAGGAAAUAGCAGCACGCGACUAUGGACUGUGGGCUUGGAAAGAAUAUCACUAUCGAUUAUACCUCAGACGAAAUCCAACCCACCACGUGUUGAACAUCUUGAUCCCAUGUGUUGCCAUCUCUCUCCUGGUACUGAUGGUGUUCUGCCUUCCUUGCGAAUCGGGAGAGAAAAUCUCACUGGGCAUAACCACUUUGGUUGCCCUGACCGUUUUCCAGAUGACAACUGCGAGCAACAUACCCAAGAACACGAGUGAAACCCCCAUCAUAGUUAUCUAUUUGACGGCGCUGACUGGUAUGUCUGCCGCCUCGAUCGUCCUGACCGUGCUGGUUCUGAAAGUGUUCUACACGCCCGCAGAGAGAGAAAUGUCUCAAAUAGUCGAGAGGAUAAUCCGCGGCCUUGCAAAGAUCACUUGCAACACGGCGGCCAAUCCACGAAAUUUAACGUCUUCUUCCACAACUUUAUCGGUAUCCCCAAUGCACAGGUCUCGCGAAGGUGUUAAAGACACCGACAUUAUCACGAAUCGGCCUCAGCGAUACGUGAAAGAAGACGAACCUGUUACUGAUCACCAAACACGGCUAGAGUGGACGGUUGCUGCACGUAUUAUCGACAAGUUCCUCAUGUACGUUUUUGUUAUUUCAAUGUUCAUCAUAACGACUGUUUGCUUUGUGAUGAUCUGUUCUUAAGUGAUUCCCCUUUUAUCAACAGUACAUGAAACAAGACGUUCCGCUAACUAAAGGUCGACCACAGACUACUGCAUAUACAGCCAGAGAAGAUUUGGCAAUGUCAAUAUACCAUUAUACUUCAAACAGAUGUCAAAUUGAUAUAUAUUUGACAUCAAUAUAGCAUGAUGUCACUUAAUCAACAUCAUUUGAGUGAUGUCAACGAGACAUCAACUAAGAAAAACAGCGAUAGAGGUUACUAAUAUCUUUUUUAAUUCUGAACUUCACAACUUUUGGGUUGUUUUUCGCACUGAGGGAUAAGAUCUCGAAAAAAUUUUAAAAAAUGAUCGGAUAACUUAUGGGUAUAAAUUUCAUUGUAUCUUUUCGUUAAAUGGUUGACUAAAACUUUAGCGAAAGAACUGUGUGCAUUCAUGUGCUUGCUUUUUGCAAAGUCUAGUUAGCAAAUAAUUUUGACAGUAUCAAAUGCAUGUAAACGAAACCAGCGGAAGUGGAUUAUUUCGACUAAUCGAUAAGGUAUUGAUAAAGUAGUUUGAGUUUUCCACUGCCUUUGUUUGACAAAACACUUGAUACGAAAUAUGUUGUGUUAU